AUGACACUGUGGAAUGGCUCCUUUCCCUUCUACCCUGGUGCCAAUGCAUGCUUCCCCUUCAACACCACCCGGGCCGUCAUCAUCUCCAUCUUCCUCUCUUUGUUGGCUACUUUCAUCAUCAUCCUGCCAGGGAUUCGGGGCAGGGAGAGACUCUUCUGGUUCCUGCAGGUGGUAGUGGGCCUCUUCGUGGGAGCAGUGGUCCUCACUUCACAGUUCAGCAGGGACUGGGAGACUGGCUGGGUGACAGCAAACACCUCUUACAAGUCCUUCAGCCGUGCCCUGGUGAAUGUGGAUAUUGGGGUGCACAUUGGCCUGGCAGGAGUGAACAUCACACUGGUGGGAAACCCAGUGAAUCAGGUCAACGAGACCAUUGACUACAAUGAGCAUUUUUCCUGGAGCUUUGGUGCAGACUAUGACCACAGCUACAGCGAGGGGCUGGAGCAGGGGCUGCCCAGCCCCAUCCUCUACGUGGCAGAGAAGUUCACCACACAGAGCCCUUGCGGCAUGCACAGGCAGUACCGCAUCUCUGGCCACUACGCAUCCCUCACACUGUGGAUGGCCUUUUGCACGUGGCUCAUUUCCAUCCUAUUGUUCUCCAUGCCCAUCCUGGUCUACGGCGGUUACAUGCUCCUGCUCACUGCUGCGCUGAUGCUUUUCUCACUGCUCUUCUUCUUCACUGCGAGGAACACUCUGAAGUGUCCCAUCCAGUUUGGCCCAGCUUCCCUGAAAACAGACUAUGGUGGAUCGUUUUGGCUGACAUUAGUAACAGGGCUGCUGUGCCUACUGCUAGGGUCAGGAGUCAUCAUUCUGAACUCCAUACAGCCAGCGAAGCUGAAGCUUGUCUUUAACCUGGAUGAGGGAAAGGGAGAAGAAGAGGAGAGGCUGGACAAUUCCUGUGUGGCAGCCAAGCCCAGCUGCUCUGCGCAGGACAUGCUGAUGGUCCCCGUGGAUGAGCUGUGUGAGGUGACAGCCACGCGGCUGUGA